AGCCGCGGACCAAGGCGGCGGUGGCGGCGGCGGCACCUGCCGGUCGAGCACAUUAAAGACAAAAGAAAUGAAUGGACACAGUGCAGAUGGUGCAGAGGUGAGCAUGACUAGAAACACGUAAACCCCGGGUUCUCCGAGGGAGCAUCUUAAGGCCACCCAGCCGUAUGUCAACUGCACGUGUGUGAAGAUGACUCUGCUUGGCCCUCCUUUUGUCAUGUUGAAUCCAAAUGGUCCCUUCUAAAUUGGAAAAAGACAUUCCAACCCAAGUAGGAGGAUUCAGUGACUUCAUGGGAAAUCAAAUUCUCCUACCUUGAGUAGGUGCACCCUAGAACAUGAUUAUAGCAAUGCCAAGCGAGUACAACCGCGUGAAGCUGAAAAGCGAUUGCUCGCGGCCCUCCCUGCAAUGGUACACCCGUGCUCAGAACAAGAUGAGAAGACCCAGCUUGUUGUUAAAAGACAUCCUCAAGUGUACAUUGCUUGUGUUUGGAGUGUGGAUCCUUUAUAUCCUCAAGUUAAAUUAUACUACUGAAGAAUGUGACACGAAAAAAAUGCAUUAUGUGGACCCCAACCGCAUAAAGAGAGCCCAGCAAUAUGCCCAGCAAGUCCUGCAGAAGGAAUGCCGGCCCCAGUUUGCCAAGAGGUCGAUGGGGCAGCUCUUCAGGCACAGGUACAGCUCGGACCUGCCACCUUUCGUGACGAAGGCCCCCGCAGGGAGCGAGGCCGAGUACAAGUACGACCCUCCUUUCGGAUUCCGCAAGUUCUCCGAGAAAGUCCAGACCCUCUUGGAACUCUUGCCCGAGCAUGACUUUCCUGCACACUUGAAAGCCAAGAGCUGCAGGCGUUGUGUGGUCAUUGGAAGUGGUGGAAUCCUCCACGGACUAGAGCUGGGCCAGGCCCUGAACCAGUUCGAUGUUGUGAUAAGGUUAAACAGUGCACCGGUUGAAGGAUAUUCAGAGCAUGUUGGAAAUAAAACUACUAUAAGGAUGACUUAUCCAGAGGGUGCGCCACUGUCUGACCUUGAAUAUUAUUCCAAUGACUUGUUUGUUGCUGUUUUAUUUAAGAGUGUUGACUUCAACUGGCUUCAGGCGAUGGUCAAAAAUGAAACCCUGCCGUUUUGGGUGCGACUCUUCUUUUGGAAGCAGGUGGCAGAAAAAAUCCCACUACAGCCAAAACAGUUCAGGAUUUUGAAUCCAGUUAUUAUCAAAGAGACUGCCUUUGACAUCCUUCAAUACUCAGAGCCUCAGUCAAGGUUCUGGGGCCGAGAUAAGAACGUCCCCACGAUUGGUGUCAUUGCCGUUGUCUUAGCCACGCACCUGUGCGAUGAAGUCAGUUUGGCGGGCUUUGGCUAUGACCUCAGCCAACCCAGAACACCUUUGCACUACUUUGACAAUCUCUGUAUGGCUGCCAUGAACUUUCAGACCAUGCACAAUGUGACCACAGAGACCGGGUUCCUCCUGAAGCUGGUCAGAGAGGGCGUGGUGAGGGAUCUCAGCGGAGGCAUCCAUUGUGAAUUCUGAACCCAGAAAACCUCACUUGAAAAUGCAGUUCUGACCCAGAGGGCUGUUUUUCACAGCCUUCUUGACGCGUCCUGCAAGAACUUUGAAGUGCAGCUGGUGUUUUUUCACUUUUAAUUUAAAAAACAAAAACAAUACAAAAAGUUCCGCUCUUCCCACUUUUUUCCCCUAUUUAUUUGAAGCCAGUGUUUUUGCACAAAAUUUUGUAAGUUAAUUUUGAGAAUGGGAAAGACUUUCCAAAGAGAAUUGUAUGUAAUGAUGUUUUAUUGUAUUUUAAGAAAGUUAUUUAAUUUGUAAAAACUCUGUUCAUGUCUACUGCACAUAGAAUCCCAGGUCAUUAAGUGGAAGAAGGGAGGCGACUCCUUUGAUGACAGCCCUGAAUGCCUGAUCCUGGUCCUCUGUUAGUCUGUUUGGUGGGACAGAUGUCGGAAGCACUUCCAGGGUGACGUGCUGGGUAGCUAAACCACUGGGACUGGUUGGGCCAAUGCUGCUGCAGGAGGCCUGGGCCGGUCGGAGAAGUUCACCGUCCCUCUCCAUUGAUCUGCCUUGUGCAGGAAGACCUGUAGGCAUCAAGCAGGGUGGCUGUCCUGCAGGUCCCAGGUCAAGGAGGGACACAGAGACAUUUUCUGUGUCCUCCGAGUACUGCAAAGCUGCCCCAGGCGGUAGAAGCCACGGUCUUCCCCGCAAUUAGGACAACUCUUGGAUUUCUUGAGAGUUUUUAACUGCCCUUCCAAACACUUAAACGUUAAUCCAGAUUAUUCCACGGUCUGUCUGAGGUGGCUUAUAAAAAUGAGGACAAAACCUGUGUUCUCCAGAGCCGUAGAGGAAUAAGCUCUUUCCAGGAAUAGUCAUGUUUUCUGAAACACUGAAAUGAAGUCCUCCCAGUGUUAUAAAUUGCCUAUUUAAGAAAAAACGUUUUUUUUUGAAUGCCUCCUUGGCAGUGUGUACCAGGCAGUGUGCUGGUCAAAAAAAAAGAAUAAAAGCUUUUGAGGAACUCUUACAGUCUAGUUAAUUUGAGUGUGUUUUUUUUUCCCCCCCCAGAAAAUAAGUUUAUGAGUCUAGCUAAAAUGUCCUUCUUGGACGCCACUGCUCGGCAGGGCCUCACUGCAGAUGCCUGUGAGGCGGGCUGGAGGAUGAAGGGGUCUCCUCCACUGACCGCUGCUGCCGCGCCUCCCCCAACUCUAUUUCUCCCGCGGCCCCGGUGCAGCUCUGACUCCCAGGCCAGGCCGAUGGCUCCCACGUCUGCCAGCUCCUCGGCAUAUGCGGGGCAAGGAGGCAGGUCAUAGCUCUGAAUGAGUCCCUUGGAUCUCCAGGGUUCUGGGGUCAAGCUCAGAGCAGCCUGCGUAGCAAAACAGGAUUUCUCUGGUUUUAUGUCUUUUCUUAAAAUUUUCUAUGGAUGUUGCUUUCUACUCUGUAAGACACUGUUUAGGAAGAAAUGCUUUACAAUUCCUACCUGUUAAAUGGUGAGACUUAGCUCUGAAUAUUGAGACUCAGGAAAAUGGUCCACAGCUGUCCUGUGAUUCAGGUGGGACCAGACCUGCACCACACACCUCCACCCCCUCAUCCCUCAGGGGCUACUUAGAGAAGCCCAAAUGCUUAUUAAAGAAGACAAGAAGCAGCCAGGGUCUAACACUUGGAAAGCUUUCCCCGUGCAUCCCCUCACGGGUGCACCUGGUCUCGUUUCCCCUGCCUUGCACAGCUGCUGGGGAGUAGCCAGUCCAGCACUUUCUCAGCUUUCAACAAAUACCAGACAUGGCCUCAUCCCUCCCCUCCUCCUCCUCUGUGUGUCUUUUUUUUUUUUUUUUUUUUUUUUUCCAUUUUUACGUUGCUUUGCCCAUGCCUCUCAACGUUUAAUUACUGGCAGGCAGUAAGUGCCCUAAGUGAAUAAAAAGGCGUAUCUUUUUCAAAGACCUUUCAUGGUGUCCACCAGUCAGAGUUGACCAGAGACCAUCUUUGAGAACUUUAAGCACUUCGGCAGUUUUCAUUAGAAGUUACUUCUUUGCUUCAGGGCUGUGUCUCCACCUGCUUUUCUGGGAACAGACCUCCAGGUGCCCCAGGGUGUCACAAGGUCGGUCUCCAGUAACUGAGUUUCCUCCAUCACGCUUCCAACUUUGUGCAGCCUUGUAGGCACACAUGCUCUUACGUGGAUGGAAUCAUUGGUUUUGAGGCAACUUAGGAUGACGUCCACGUGUUCUGUACUUUAACAUACUUCUCACUAGAACUUUGAGCCACAGAAAAUUUCAGUGAGUUUUAGUUUUUUGUUUUUUCCUACAGAGAGCUUAUUCUCUCCAGAAACCUAGGCUGGCCGUAGAAGAAUGUUUUGGGGACCAGGAUGAGUAUCUCCUGAUGACGUGUGUCGUGUUUCUAGGCAAAGCUAAAUUGGGAUCUUCUGAACAACUUCAUUUUUCUAGGUGUUACCUUGCCUUCUUCACUGAUACUUUUGUGUCACGGUGUUGUUGUUUUUUUAAAAUUUUCCAACAAUGUACUAAUAAGGCAUUGGCCAUGUCUAUUCUCACAAAUUUGGGGGCGGGGGCGGGUCUCAUCAUCUGUGGACCCAUUAGUUAAAAUGAGUUGUCAAGCCCACUGUUUGGACUGUUCCUGUUGAGCUAUGACCUCUUGACCGGCAACGGUCAGUCUGGUUUGUGUGCAGACAUGGGCUGACUGUAAAAGAAAACAAGCAGUAGUCACACCCUAGUCUCCCCAGGGUAUUAAAGAUUUCUGAAACCAAGGACCUCUUUAUUUUAACUACAUUCUAACUCCAGUGCUUUGGGACUUGAUAUCAAAGGGAUUGUUACACGUGCCUUAUUUCUGUCUUAGGAGAAACUUUUAGACCAGCAUCAUAGGAAGAUUUUGAAAUGGGAUCUAUUCUCCUUGGCAGGUUUACGGCAUCCAAGUGUGGGUUAUUUUUUCUUCCUUUCUUUGGUGCACUUCAGUCAAGUCCAUUGAGAAAGAAGGAAAGGACUAGUUCUGUGAUUUAGCAGAAUUCCCCUUAGAAUGAAGUGAGCUUUUAGAACGCGUGUGUAGCAAGCAGGAACUGUGCGACGCUGGGCCUGCCUUCCAUCCAUGCACAUGGUGACUAAAUGCUUCCCUCAAACAAAGGACUCUGUUGCUACCCGUGGGACUGACACCGUCUUCCCAGACGCUGACCCUCCCUGAAGGCCGCCCAGAUGACCACACCCUCAGCUCUCAGACCAAAGUGCAGACAACAGGGGAAAAGACCCAGUAGAUAGCGCACCCCCUGCCCUUCCCUGGAGGACCAGGCACCCUGGCCCAAACUUCUGUCUUUUUCUCUCCUUUCUUACAUCCCAAUGCCAUUUUAGCCUGUUUUCGUGUUCACAGAACAAGGUGUUUAUCUGUAUUUACCUACAACCGACACAACAUAAAACUGAAGUAAAUUGAGGAGAACCAUUCAUUCAUACGCACAUUCAAAUUUUGACAAGAAAGUAGUGUUCCGCAAAAGGAAACCGCAGUCUUUGUAGCUGGACUUUCAUUAUCCAAAUGACUCGAUUUGGCUAGUUCCCAGUAUUAAAUCCCAACCCAUUCCACAGACAGGAAAAGUAGCCGCUCAGCGGGGCUGUGGUGAAAUGAGAAUAAAUUACAUGCUGUGAAAUUUAGUUACGACUUUUUUAAAAGCAGAGUUUUCCGAUGAGCUGUGUCAAUAAGACGUGUCGGAAGAAUGACAGGUUCAUAAGUUUCCUUCUGUCUGGCAGAAGUGAGAUGUCAAGUUUUGCCCUGGUGUCAGGCAGCCAUCCAAGACUGGACAGAUGAGGCCACUGCAGCCUUUGUGUAGCUGGAAAUAUUAACAAAAAGUGAACUUUCAGAAAAUGUACAGUAAGAAACUGACUAUCCAGUAGACAUGUCAUAACAGCAAGAACUGUUUGUACGCUAAAAACUUGUAACUUCUAAAGGAGCGAUGUAUUUCCACCCUGUUCUCUGUUACCUGGCUUAUAGUUUUUUGAUUUAUCGAAGAAAAUCGGUUUCAAGAAAAAAAACGACGUUAAAGACAAUGAUGGAAUUCCCUGGCGGUCCAGUGGUUGGGACUCCGCGCUUUCACUCCUGAGGGAGCGGGUUCAGUCCCUGG